AUGACUGGCCAUGUUUCAUUGUUGACUCUUUCUGGAACUCAAAUCAAGGGUUAUCAUCUGUCUCAGCUCAUUGGAUCAGGAGCCUAUGGAGCUGUCUACAGAGGAACUUGUGGAUCCGAUGUUAUUGCACUGAAGGUUUCACAUCGAGAACACGACUUGGCAAUCGAAGCGAAAGCUUUGCAACUUCUGAACAGUAGUGACGCGUCGCCCAAGAUAUUCUUUUCUCAUCAUGACGGCAUCUAUCACACACUGGGUCUUCAACUCCUGGGUCUAGACCUAGAAACGCUCCGUGAAAAAGGGUCUUCGAAACCAUUUGAUCGGCAUACUCUGGUCAAAUUCAUGUAUCAAGCAAUUGCAUGUCUAGAAGCGGUACACGAAAUGCGAAUUGUUCACCGGGACAUCAAGCUGGCGAACUUUGCCGUCACCGUUCCAACUAAUCCUGGAAACCGGGUUGCUCUCCGAAUCCUCGACUUCGGGCUCUCCCACUUGUAUGAAGACAAUAAUGGGACCCCUCUAGACGAUUCCAGAAGCGUGAAUUUCAAACGGAUGAAAUACUGCUCGUAUGCUGUCAGUAUUGGAUGCACCCCUCUGCCAAAGGACGAUAUCGUCCAAAUCUCAUACGCUGUGCUCCACGCCUCCGACUUUGACUUCGCUGGGAAACUGAAGUGUCCUGCACGCGAGCUCUUGACUUGGAAGGAAGAGUUGGCAAGUAGAAAAAAGCAGUCAAGAAACAAAUAUUGCUACUUUCAGCUUAGCAAACCGGCCGAGGCUCUACCGCAUUCACUGAAGUUCAUGUUUCCUUUCUUUGAAAUUGUUGGUGAACUCGAUGACGACAGCCCGAUCGACUACUCUCUUACCAAACAGCGCAUUCAGGAAUGUCUGCCCGGAUCUGAUGCUACUGGUGAUUUGCUUUUGAGUGAGAAGAAUGGAGAGCUACUACUGGUAUGA